AUGCACAAGGAUGACCAGCAAUACAUGGAAGCGUACGACAAGCUUCUAGAAUGCUGGCUGACCCUCCUAGAAAACUCCUCCAAAUUCCCGGAUGGAUUCUUCAAGGCCCACGCCACUCAGAUAUUCAAUCUACACCUACAGUGUCAUCUGGCUGCCCCUGAUGGACUCAGAAACCAGAGGGAAGACGGCGUGACGGCUGAAGAUGAUGAUGACAUCAAUGAGGUAGAGGAGGACGAUAGGGAACUAUUUGAAGACCAACUGGGAAGCAUUGGGGCCUUGGGGCGGGCCGUCCCUGAACACAGCUUACCACUCCUCUCAAAGAUCCUGGAGGACAGAGUGGCCUGUCUACAGUCUCACUUACUGAAGUUACAGCAUCACAAGACCGGGGUGGCAUCCACUCACAACAUGGACUUAGACAUGAAGAAACUACAUAGGUUGUAUGAGGACCUGCAUUGGCUGCUCCUCAUUACAGGUUUCAUCUUAGCCAACGAGUCCAAGGGUGAGACGCCCAUGAUACCUCCAGCCAUCAUGAAGUUCUCCAUCGCAGAAUCCUCUCACGUUGAUGUGCAGAAGACUCUACAUGCACUGACAUCCUCAGUCAAUAUUACCCAGCCGUUCCUAGUAGACGAUAAAGUAGAUAAAGUAGUCAGGUUAACAUCAGUAGUCCUUCGUUUAGCGGAGGUGGAGAGGCAAGCUUCUUCAGAUCUAGCUGAGGUUCUCAGUCCCCAGGUCGGCCGUAGUGUAGUGUGGUGUUUAAGACGAUGGCUCUUACCGUAUCUACUAUUACACGAGAAGUAUUACUCGGAGAUAAGUCUUCCGAUAAACACAGCUUUUGGUCAGGAUUCUCAGGGUGGUCAGUGGGUUGUUGACCGCCUGCUGCAGAAAGUCCUGACCAACCUCAUCGUGUGGUCAUCUGAACAUGAGCUCGCUAAAGACACUAUUGAUCUCAUGGUUUCCAUCGUCGAUAGGAAAGACAAGGCAAUUCCAGCCACAAGAUCUGAAAGCUACUGGCUGCUCGCCAAGCUGCACUCUUCAAAGCCAUCCAAGCUGGAUGCCUUGUCUCUUGAUGUUCGUGCAUGUCUUAUGCAAGCCCUCGUCAUGGCUGGGUCAUGUAUAGCGGACAAUACACCAGAGAGACAACGGUUUGAAAACGAGAUUCUGCACCCAGUCCAACACUCAUUCCAGGAGCUCCUCCACGGCAAGGAUUUCUCCAGUGUCGCUCUGGAGGAAGACGUCAAGUCCCAAGUUGCCCACCUCUUGUCCCUCCUGAAAGGGGUCAUUGUGGGCACUCAGGUCAACCGAGCCAGCGACCUCUUCAAUUUCUGCCUGCCCAUGCUGCGGGACAGCGUUUCCCUACUGCGGAUUUACCACAACUACUCUGAUAUUGUGGAGCAGGUUCUGGAGGUGUUUGUCGAAGUCGCCAUGCACCAGCUCUGCUUCCUGACUCAGGCAGAGUCAAUGAAGAUGUAUGAGGUAUCCCUAGCGUUACUCCAGGCCUACUCUGAGGUCAAUCGAGGAAGGAUAAGCGUAGAGGCCCUGGCCGAGGAGGAACAAUACAGAGACCUCUCCCUUAUGAUGGAACUUCUUUCAAGCCUCUUCUCUAGAGAUAUGUUUGUCUUCCUCGAUGACGAGGAUGUGAAUAGUGCAAUAGAGUCAUCUGAUAUCGUUCUGCAUGGUCUCAACAUAGUUGUGCCUCUCAUGAAUGAGAGCUUAUUAAAGUUUCCUAUUCUGUGCUCCGAGUACUUCAAACUCAUCACCUUCAUCUGUGAACUCUUCCCGAACAAGAUCGCGCUGCUGGCGGAAUCGUUGUUUAACAACUUCAUGGCAUCGGUGGAGGUUGGGCUGACGGAGUACGGGUCUGACGUGACUAAGAUGUGCUUGGAUGGACUGUCUACCCUGGCCUCCCACUGCAUCGACACCGAACUCAAAGACGGCGCUCUGUUUAGGGCGAUGGAACACUUUACCGAGGUUGUAUUCAAGGUGGUGUUAAUGCAGACAUUUGAUAUGGAUCUAAUGUCAGCAGCAUCGGAGGCACUGUACACUCUCAUCUGCUGCCAUCAGGCAAAGUACACCAAACUCGUCAACGUGCUUCUGAGCAGCCAAUCAGAUCCUUCCAUCUGUCAGCGUUUGGCUGAGGCCUUCAGCAAGCUGACGCCCACAGCAGAGCCCUUGCAAUUGGUCAGAAAGAGCAAAGUGCAAUUCUUGAGCAGACUGGAGACGUUUCUAUUCAACGUGCGAGGAUUCCUGUGCAUAAAGUGAACCAAGCUGGCUCUCUACACAAAGACAAGGGCGACUUUGUCAGAGACAUUUAAACCUCUUUUUGAGACCAUGGCCAGAUGUCCGCAGUGGCGGAUGAAAACUCUAAGCUGUGUUUGAACUUGUGCAUCUUUACCCAACGUUUGUCGUGGUUAGGGUUUCAUGUUUUUGGUUCCUAGUGAAGAGACAUUGCGAGUUUACCAAAUUGUAUUUUAACUGUUUAUAACUGCUCUUUUUAAAGAUAUUUAGAGACGUCUCAAAAACAACUUCCCAAAUUGGCGCUGCCUGUGAAAAAGGAGAUGUUUAUGCAAUGAGGCAGCAGCUUCAAGAACAUGGCUGGGCUUUUAAUGACAUAACAGAGUCGGAAAGCCGCCAAGAACAGCAAUUCCAAGUGGUAUAUCUUGGGCUCCUUGGAGAGAUCAAGCUUUGGUAUAAGGAGUUGUUUACCCGAGGGCCUUACCAUUUCAUAGCUGGAGGGGUGUUUUGUUGAAAG